UGUGACUAAAGCGCCAUCUCUCCGGCAGCACACUCCAGGCUGCAUUCACUCACUGGGUCUGCAGGCACUGAGAGCCACCUCUGAAUUCAAAGCGCAUUAGACUCGUCUCCGCGCAGCGCCUGGACGUCUCUGCAGGAAACAGCAAAUAUACGGAAAUACCAGCAGCGUGCUUCAAAUAUACAGUUGCCUUUUGUUCUCUGGGUCCAGCCAGCUGCAGACAGUUUGCUGCCCUAGAGCUAGUGGCCGGCUUGCUUUCCGCCAAACAUGGGGCGCAAAGAGAGAACCACAUUGGAUGGAGGGAGGAGAUAGAUAAAUAGACUGAUAAGGGGAAUAGAAAGGGGAAGAGAGGAGGAAAAAGCUCCGCGUCGAUUUUUCCGCGGAGCAGCACUACCACAAAAUCUGACCUCGACCUCCUCGGACGGUGGGAAACUGGUUGUUGAAAUGGAGAUGUCGAGAUUUUCUUUCAGCCCGUCUCCUCCUCCAACACACAUGCUGCUGAGGCUGAUGAUGAUGUUUGCGUAGGAGUGUUUUAUUUUGCGGGCAGCGUUCAGUCUCUUCUGUUCAAACAACUCCAGACAAGCGGUGGAUGGAACUCUGUGUGUGGCUGACACAUUUUCCCCGAGAUAUUAUUGUUAUUGGAGCAUUUUUUCGCCUUUGGAGUGUUUUUUCAGUUGCUUCUCUGCAAGUCUGGAAUUGGACUGAUUUUUUUUGCAUGCUGAUUGCAAGAAUGUGUGUGGAAAAGUAGUCCGGCAGCAAAGAAUAUAUAUAUUAUUUAAUUUUAACUAAUAACUUAAGAGGAUCAGGCCCAGCGGGGGUUAUCUGGACUCCAGUCGAGCUCCAUCUCUACUUCGAUAGCUGGCACUUCAAUGUUUUGCUGAUUACUUUGCUGACAUUGGGGGCUUUAGGUCGCAUUAUUCAGUGACUGAGGUCGACACAAACUACAACCAGCAGAGGUCGGGACCUGAGCUCCCAGGAGCCACCACUACCCUCGAUGUGACCCGGUGAAUUCCUCUUAUCUCUGAAGGGUGUUGAUGGAGAGCCAUUCGAAUGACAGCCGGGACAGUGGUCAUCACUGGUGGAAUUCUAGCUACAGUUAUAUUACUCCUUAUCAUCGCAGUACUGUGCUACUGUAGGCUGCAGUAUUAUUGCUGCAAGAAGGAAGAGUCCGAGUCGGAGGAGGAGGAGCCAGACUUUGCCGUUACGUCCCGCCUUCCACCGGUCCACUCCAAUCACAACAUUGUGGCGGCGACGGCCGCCGCCUCCUCCAUCCCCAAUGGCCCCGCCCUCUUCUCCACCCCUCCGCUGGCCAGGAAACUAACGCGCUCACAGACCUUCUGUCCUUCCUGUACGCACUAUGAGCUGCCUUUCUACCUCCAGCCGCCUCCCCCUCAGCCGCAGAUCCUCCAUCCGCCAGAUGGGUUGAGGAACGGAGGCGACCGGAUCAGCUACCGCAGCGUCCAGCAGCAGGAUCUGGACCUGCCAGUGCCUGUGAACAUCACAAACUAUCGUAAACCAAACCUCGCCCGGUCCGUCACCAUGAGGGACAUGUUCACACGCAGCUGCAGCAUCAGCACUGAUGUUUAGCUGGGGGCGAGGUUGGUGUAAAUUUGAAAGAAUCGGGAUGGCCUAGGCGGGACUGGGCUUGAGCCAGACUGUGUGUUUGUCAUCUUGACCAGUUUAGUCCAGUCUAGUAUGGUCUGAUCUAGUCUGGUCUCGUCCUACUGGUCACCUCUUGCAGAAUGAAGGACAGAUGGCUCUCAGGACAGGAUUUUAAAAGUACUAUGCUCAGGUCCGGGACCUUACACUUGGGCCACUAUAGAGUAUAAAGUAUUUAAAAGAUGUUAAAUUAUCAAAAACAUGAACUUCUUGGUUUGUUUUGUUUUGAAUAGCUCUUUUUUAACAAUAAGAAUGGAAUUUGUUUUACGAUUUGAUAAAGUUUGUGUAGCCCUUCUUCCUCUGGACUCUUCAACCCAUGGCCUGAAAGACACACAGAUUCCCGCCAUGUCAAAAUGACAUAAUCGGCAGGGAUUUUCUCUCUGCCAUAGCUGCUACUGUACAAACAAAAUAUGAUUAGGAGAAGUCCAGUGUUUCCCUCUCCCAUGAUGGUAUGAUCUGUCUGUUCCUCCAUCCACAGAUUAAAGAGAUUAUAAAAUAUCACUCACCACCAGUGGAGGAAGGGGGAUGCCAUGUUUUUAGCUGCAACCCACUGACAUUUCAGAUAGAUAACUUAGGCCAUAAUAUUUUAAGACAUAAAGGGCUCACAGAAGAUGGAAAUCCCUGCUUGUUUUCCACAUCCUUUCAUAGAGGUCUCCAGUUUGGCGAGAGGCUGGUUUCUCUGAGCGUCUGCUGACAACACAAAGUGCAUAUCCAGUAUACUACACUUCAGCAGAGACAGACCUCUGUGUUCUUGCAGGUGCCAAAGGGGAAUGGGUUCUUGCAUAUGUGUGCAUUUGUGUGACUGUGCUUGCAUGCAUGUGUGCGUGUGUGUGUAUAACUCGAUCAGUUGUUAUACCAGGAUUCUUAUCCCAUACAAUUAGACACAGUCUGUUUCCCCUAUGUAUACUGAACCCAGUGGUGGGUUGCAAUAACAUUUUAAACAUUUAUUAUAAAGGGUGAAGGGAUUGUAUUAGUUUGCCACUUUACCUUUAAAUUUAUGCUAACGACCCAACCAGAUGAUGUGACAAACUCUAUUUUGUAAAUGUUUAUUUUGCUGAUUAAUGCUAUAACACAGAAGUUUUCAGGU